AGGGGGCGCCCAGAACACGUCGUCUGCGAAGAACGAGUAAUAAAACUACAUUUCCCAGCGUCCCGCGCGCCGCCGACGCACUUCCGAAGCCCGCGGACAAGAUGGCUGCGCCCGAGGAGCACGGUUCUCCGACAGAAGCGCCCCAGCCGGCAGUGGAGGAGGAGGAAAUUAAAACAUUUAAAGACUUGGGUGUGACAGAUGUAUUGUGUGAAGCUUGUGACCAGUUGGGAUGGGCAAAGCCCACCAAGAUCCAGAUUGAAGCUAUUCCUUUGGCCUUACAAGGUAGGUUGAAAUUAAAUAUGGAGUUGAGGGCUGUUGCUAUAAUUUUAUUUCUUUCUUUUUGUCCUUGCUCUGAAACAUUGUACUUUCUCUUCAACCUUUCCUGGUUAGCAACUCCUGGGCGACUGAUUGACCACUUGGAAAAUACAAAAGGUUUCAACUUAAGAGCUCUCAAAUACUUAGUCAUGGAUGAAGCUGACCGAAUAUUGAACAUGGAUUUUGAGACAGAGGUUGACAAGAUCCUUAAAGUAAUUCCCCGAGAUCGGAAAACAUUUCUCUUCUCUGCUACCAUGACCAAGAAGGUGCAAAAGCUUCAACGAGCAGCUCUGAAGAAUCCUGUGAAAUGUGCUGUUUCCUCUAAAUACCAGACAGUUGAGAAAUUACAGCAAUAUUAUCUUUUCAUUCCCUCUAAGUUCAAGGAUACCUACCUGGUUUACAUUCUAAAUGAGCUGGCUGGAAACUCAUUUAUGAUAUUCUGUAGCACCUGUAACAAUACUCAGAGAACAGCUUUGCUACUCCGAAAUCUCGGAUUCACGGCCAUCCCCCUCCAUGGACAGAUGAGUCAGAGCAAGCGGUUAGGAUCCCUUAAUAAGUUUAAGGCAAAGGCUCGUUCCAUUCUUCUAGCAACUGAUGUUGCAAGCCGAGGUUUGGACAUACCUCAUGUAGAUGUAGUUGUCAACUUCGACAUUCCUACACAUUCCAAGGAUUAUAUCCACCGAGUAGGUCGAACAGCUAGAGCUGGGCGUUCUGGAAAGUCUAUUACUUUUGUCACACAGUAUGAUGUGGAACUCUUCCAGCGCAUAGAACACUUAAUUGGGAAGAAACUGCCUGUUUUUCCAACACAGGAUGAUGAGGUUAUGAUGCUGACAGAACGUGUGACUGAAGCCCAGAGAUUUGCCCGAAUGGAGCUAAGGGAGCAUGGAGAAAAGAAGAAGCGCACGCGGGAGGAUGCUGGGGACAACGAUGACACGGAGGGUGCUAUUGGUGUCAGGAACAAGGUGGCUGGAGGAAAAAUGAAGAAACGGAAAGGCCGUUAAUCACUUUUAUACAGACUUGAGUUCUGUUUUCUUUUCUGUGGAAGAGAAUUGAAGAAGAGAAUGAAAUCUCCUCCAGCAGAGGUUCUCAGACUGAAAUCUGUCAGAAUUAUGGGCAGAAUGCGCUCAGCUAAUUCACUGCUCAUUCCCGGUCUGUGUUGGAGUGUCAUGACUGCAGAGUAAUCUUUACAGUGCGCAUGUCAAGACUGCUACUGUUCCUCAGCUUUGCUUCCUUGCUUGUGACAUGAGUAGAUGUGCUCUUCUGUCACUUCACACAGACCUUUUACCUUUUUUAGCUGCGAGUCAAGAACCAGGCUGAUGAAGCCCAUGACCUGUAAUUGUAAAGAACAGAAGCUUGGAUAUCUAUAAGCGAAACUUAAGCCAUCUCAGCUUGUGCUUCACUAGACCUAAUGUGAAACAAUAAAUUUAAAUGCUAUUUUUAAAAGAU